AUGGCCUUUAGGGUAUUUCUUCCAAACAAUUUAAACGGUGAAAAUUAUUUAUACUUUCUACAAUACAUGUUACCAGAGUACUUAGACGAGGCCAAUCUUGCUGUCAGGAAAAAUAUGUUGUUUGUACACGACGGCGCCUCAGCGCAUUACCAUAAUGAAAGAAGAGAAUAUCUUUUCGAUCAGUAUCCUGGACGUUGGAGUGGAGGGAGCCAUGAUGUGCUCUCGGCCACCCAGAGUGGCAAAAGCCUUGUAGAACCUACGCCCGAAUUAGAAAAAGAACUAAAAACCGAACUUGAUAAAGUCGCAAAACAAUAUGGAGGUGGUCAAGGAGUAGAUAUGACCAAAUUCCCAUCUUUCAAAUUUCAAGAUCCUGUCAUUGACCCCAUUAACUUAGAAAAGUAA